AUGGAUGCAGAAGAGGCAAGCGUGAGCGUAUGGGCGCCUAAUGUACAGGAAGGAUUCAUUCUAUGCAAAAUUACUGACAUCGGGAGCGAAUGCCUUACACUUCAGCCAAUAAACGGAUCAGAAACGAUCCAGGCAUUCUAUGAGGAUGUAUUUCCAGCUGAAAAAAAUAAUCGGGAUGUCGACGAUAAUUGUAUGUUUUUUGCUAAAUUUUGUAAACCUCCAUUACUUCGAGUCGAUCCUAAUCAGACACUUGAGCUUGUUUCCAGGUUCGUUGAUGUAUCUCAACGAUGGUACUCUCCUGCACAACUGCCGCUUGCGCUACAAUCGUAA